UGUUCCUCACGCGGGAAUGUUGGGCAGAGCGCUUCUUAAACGGUGGAGUCCUAGCGGAGGACCGAAGGGACUCGGACAACGUCCACCUUUGUGCGAACCUCCCUCUCCUUCUUUGCGCCCUACUAGAGCUCCCCGCCGCACGCUUUUGGAGGCCUCGGCACCAGUGGUCCCCGCAGCCCGGGUGCAGCGCCGGUUCCAGGGCGUCCUCCGCUGCCCGGGGCUGGCCUUGGGUGGGCAGCUGGCGCCGGAGUAGCUGGUGUCGCGGCCACGCGGGGCCCGGCUCCGUCCCCGGAGCAGAUGGCGACGCCCUCGCUGGCCUUGGUAUCAUUUGAAGAUGUGGCUGUGACCUUCACUGUGGAGGAAUGGGGGUAUCCGGACCUUGCUCAGAGGACCCUCUACCAGGAAGUGAUGAUGGAGACCUGUGGACUUCUGGCCUCACUGGGGCAUCGUGUUCCCAAACCAGAGCUGUUCUGUCUCCUGGAACAUGGGCAGGGAGUGUGGACUGUGAAGAGUGGCUUCUAUGCAGGUGAAAAAGCAAAAUCCAGUGAUGCUUCAGAACCCACUACUUCUCAGCUGACUUUCUCUUUCCAAGAACAGCUGGCACAGAGAUCUACAGGAGACUCCAGGUUAAGCCAGGCCAAAGAUGAAGAAAGCUGGUCAGAAAUACUGGAAGGGAACACAAGGACAACAACAGAUACUUCCAAGGAAACAUGGCUUGGAAAGUUAAGCCCAAAAACUGAUGGUUUGAAGACAGGUGGCAGUCUGUGUUUAAGAGUCUUACAGGAGCAAGUCACUCUGCAAGAUGAUGUCCAUGAACUUGAUGCUGGAGGGCUCGGAAAAGAUCCUGUGGUUGAAGCAGAGAGCAACACUGAUCAAUGCAAAGAAUGUGGGAAAGUAUUUAGGAAUAAUUGCGCUUUAGUAUGGCAUCAACAGAUUCAUGCUGUAGUGAAGCCCGGUGAAUGCAAUGAGUAUGGGAAAAACUGUCAUUAUCUGGCUGAUUUUGUUCAGCAUAUGAUGGUUCAUACUGGGGAGAAACUAUGUAAGUGCAUUGAGUGUGGGAAGGCCUUCAAAUGUAGGUCUCACCUUACUGAGCACCAGGGUAUACACACGGGAGAUAAGCCCUACGAAUGCAAAGCCUGUGGAAAAGUCUCCCGUUGCUCUACUUUCAUGCAGCACAAGAUGACCCACUCUACAGAAAAGCCUUUUCUUUGCAAAGACUGUGGGAAAGCUUUUUACUACAGCUCUUCAUUUGCUCGACACAUGAAGAUUCAUAUGGGAAGGAAGCCAUAUGAGUGCAGUGACUGUGGGAAGGCCUUUACCUAUUCUUCCACUUUGGUCAAGCAUAAAAGAACCCAUACUGGAGAGAAGCCAUAUGAGUGCAAAGUCUGUGGUAAAGCUUUCACUCACCACUCCACCUUUCUCUACCAUAUGAUUCACACAGGAGAAAAGAAGCCCUUUGUCUGCAAAAUAUAUGGAAAAGCUUUUUGUAUUAAUUCAUCCGUCACUCUGCACAUGAGGGUCCACACUGGAGAGAAGCCAUAUGAGUGCAGUGAGUGUGGAAAGGCCUUUGCUCACUGCUCAACAUUUAUUAGGCAUAAGGGGACCCAUACUGGAGAAAAACCCUUUGAGUGCAAAGAAUGUGGAAGGGCCUUUUCCAGCAACUCUUACUUAGUUCAACACAUAAGGCUUCACACUGGUGAGAAGCCCUAUGAGUGCAAUGAAUGUGGAAAGGCCUUUACACGCUGCUCUGUGAAAGAGCAGCUCCACUGCUCUGCCCACAGUGGAGUAAAACCUUUGAAAUGUAAAGAGUGUGCAAGCUCUUCCUUCACUGGGCACGUGAGGAUUCACACUGGAGAGAAGCCUUAUGUUUGCAAAGAAUGUGAAAAGGCCUUUGCACACUCUUCAACUUUUGUCAAGCAUAAAAGAACCCAUACUAAAGAAACACCCUUUAAAUGCAAAGUAUGUGAGGAGGCCUUUUGUGACAUCUUUACCUUAAUAAGGCAGAGAACUCACACAGAGAAACCCUUUGCGUGCAGUGAAUGUGGAAAGACUUUCAGCCAUAAUUCUUCAUAGUAUCGAAAGAUCCAUACCAGAGUGUAAAAGAUAUGGAAAGGUCUUUUGCAGUGAAUUCACCCACGUCCACUUGAAUGUACAUCUACUAGUGAAAUCCUUUUCAGUACAGCUGUUAAGGAAAAUCUUUUGACCAGAGAAAUAAUUUUAGUGUCUGAAAAUUUAUACUGAAGGGAAACAUAAUUGUCAUCCAUGUGAAACCUUUUUAUGGAAAAUUAAUCCAGGACUGAAGAGAUGGUUGAGCAGUUAAGAGCACCUGCUUGAAGGAGAACAGCAAAGAAGAGGUUAAGGGCAGUCAGGCUUAAAGGGGGAAAUAUACAGCAUUCAUUCAGAGUGAGUAUCAGAGAUGGCUUACAUGUGGUGUGUUGCUCAACAAUACAUCAGGAGCAUCACUGGAUGUUGUUUCCUGAUCCUGUGAUGACUUUUCUCCAUCUUUUACUCACUGCUCUCCAGCCAAGCUGUUGUGAAUAUUCGAAGCUCUUUCUUACUUUCCAGUCUUUCAUUUACAGUUCCCUUGGGGCAGUCAGCCUAGUUCUCUGAAUGCCCUUCCCUCCACUACAUCCUUCCUGCUCUGUUCCAAUGUUAUCUGUUUACAAAAGUCCUAUAGUUUUGCUUUUGCCUUUGCUAGUUCUGGAUAAAGGAGCUCUUGUCUUUACUGCCCAUCUUCUGCAAUCUGUACAGGGAAUGUAGCCAGUUUACAAAAACAGAUCAGGACGUGGUUGAGUUUUCCAAGGUACCAUGGAAGCAAACAGGAGAAACAACGCAGUUAAUCUCAAUGUCAUUCAUAAAUAUGCCUUUUUUGUCCAUGAGGGUGUUUUCAGAGAUGAUUAGAGCAUGAAGGCUCUGAUCUAAUGAAUGGAUUAAUCAUUUUUUAAAAAUCAUUUUAUGUGUAUAUUACCUCCAUGUAUGUAAGUGCACUCAUGUGCCAUGCCUAUGGAGGUCAGAAGAGGAUGUUGGAUCUCCUGGAACGAGUUUCAGAUGGUUGUUAGCUGCCAUGUGGGUGCUGGGUCCUCUACAAGAGCAGUCAGUGCUCCUAACUACUGAGCCAUCUCUCCAGCCCUGGAUUAAUCCUUUGAUGUAUUAUUCAGAUGAUGGAACUACUGGAAAAUGGGGGAAAUCAAAAGGUGGAACAUAGUGAAAGUCACUGGGGGCAUAUCCUUGGGGGGUAGUAUCUUGCCCUAUACCAUGCCCAUAUUCCCUUCUCUCCACCUCUUGUCCAUCAUGAAGUGAACAUUCUCCUCCUCCACAUGCUUCCACCAACCACAAAGUUCUGUUCAAUCACAUGGGACAGAGUAACCAUAAACUGAACCUUCUGAAACUGUUGAGUCAAAUCCGUCUGCCCUUAAUUUGUUUGACACAUCUUCAGUGAAGGAGAACAGCAAGGAAGAGGUUAAGAACAGUCAGGGACAAAGUCUGGACAUCUCUUGAAAACAAGAAUGUUGGGCUUGGUGGAGCACUGCCUUAGUCAUAAAUCAGAGAAAAACAAGUCUCAAGUCAUGGUACUGCAGGACACAAGUUGUCUGUUUAAUGUUAAACAUAAUUACUGGCUGACUAGUGACAGGUAAAAAGUAGCCAAGAACGGAUAGAGUUGAUCAGGGAAAAAGCACCAAGACACAGAUAAAACUCUCAGCAGGGACACAUUCCCUUUGGGGAAGGGAAAAUGUCGGCCCAUGUAUUGUGAGCUGGGUCUUUAUAGGCAGGCUUCGGGGUGCAGAAGGUGGGAAGUUUUUUGGGAAAAAUUAGGCAGGGGAAAGCAGGAAA